AUGCCCUUGCUCCUCAUCCUCAAAUCCGCCUUGAUCGCAACGGCCAACGGCCUGACCCUACUCGCCAUCUGCCCACCCCAUGUAGCCUCUACCAAAGAUGGUGACCGAAUGAUGGAAGAUGUUACCUCCCCUGAAAGGAUACUCGCGAGCGACAGGACACCUUGGAUGGAGAGACUAGUCGUCUUUGGCGUGACGGCGUACGAGAUCUGGAGCUUGCGGCAGGGAUACGGGAAGAUCGGUGGAUUGCCUGCGAGAUUAGGCGAGUUGGGAGCGAUACUUGCCAUUGCGGGGGCGACGCUUCGAUUGAGGUGUUACCAGGUAUUGGGACGGUUCUUUACCUUCAAGGUUGCCAUCCGACGAGAACACCGCCUGAUCACCGGUCCUUUUCCAUACGAUCUCUUCCGACACCCCUCUUACACCGGACUAGUGCUCAUGAGUAUCGGUCUCGUACUUCGAGGAGCGACCUCGGCCAGCUCGUUGCACUUUCCGCUUCUAGACCAGCUCGCCGUCAAGGCUGCUCAAUGGACAACAGGCUUCCUCGCUUCCGCAUUUGGGAUUAAUACCUCGUCGGAUACGGUACAGACGAUCGGCACGAGCGGGGCUGGUAUCCUUCUCAUAGCUGGGCAAGUAAAAGUCCUAAACGCCCGGGUCAGGGUGGAGGAAAAGGCGUUGAAGGAAGAGUUCGGUGGCGAGUACGACCGGUACUGCAGGAAAACGUGGAAGUUCCUGCCAGGGUGGUAG